AUGGCGGCCGUGUGGAGGCAGACCAGCAGCUGUCUACGGUGGCACCGGACACCGCCGACACAACUGGCAUCGUGGGCAGCAUCGACAGCGUCACGCCAUGUGAGCCGGCCGCGGUUCAUGUCGUCGGCCGCAGCGACAACGUCGCCCUUACGAGGCAUCCUGCGCAUCUCAGAGGAGGUUGAGGCCGCGCUCGCGACCAACCAGCCCGUCGUCGCGCUCGAGUCGACCAUCUACACACACGGCGCGCUCGGCAUGGACCUGCGGCUCGAGGCGAUUGUGCGUGAGAACGGUGGCGUGCCGGCCGUGAUUGGCGUCCUGGACGGCGUGCCGCGCGUGGGACUCUCGCCGGACGAGGUCAACCGGAUGGUGGAGGAAGGCGCACAAAAGGUGUCACGACGGGACCUGGCGGUCAUGUCGGCACGGGGCCACCAGCGCGGACGGCACGGCGGCACGACGAUUUCGGGCACGAUGGUGCUGGCGCGGCUCGCAGGCAUCCGGGUGUUUGGCACGGGUGGCCUCGGCGGUGUGCACCGCGGCUGGCACGACCACAUGGACAUCUCGGCCGACCUCAGCGAGCUGGGCCGCACGCGCGUGGCCGUGGUCAGCAGCGGCUGCAAGGGGUUUCUGGACAUUGCCGCGACGCUGGAGUACCUGGAGACGCAGGGCGUGUACGUGGGCACGUUUGCCGACGGCCGCCCCGCCAACGAGGUGGCGUUCCCUGCGUUCUGGGCGCGCGAGAGCGGCAUCCCCAGCCCGUCCGUGGUCGGCGACGAGGCCGAGGCCGCAGCCAUUGUGUGGGCACAGGAACAGCUCGGCGUCGAGACGGGCCUGCUGUUUGCCAAUGCGAUCCCGCACGUCAGCGAGGUGCCGCGCCUCGAGAUGGAGGCCGUCAUCGACCGCGUGGUCAACGAGGCGGCCGCGGGCGGGUACACGGGCAACCGCAACACGCCGUUUGUGCUGCGGCGGAUCCGCGAGCUGACGGACCAGCGCACGGUGAGCGCGAACGUGGCGCUGGUGCAGGCCAAUGUAGCGCGGGCGGCCAAGGUGGCAGUGCACCUGAGUGCGCUGGUGGCGGGCGGCGAGGACAGUCCAUCCUACACAUCCUAUCCAGUCACGAGUUCACCAAAGGCAGCCCAGACACAAAGCCCUGCUCCAGAGACCACUCCAUCGGGCCGCGUCGACGUGCUUGUUGCCGGUUCUGUGGCGCUCGACCUCAGCUGUGAUUACAUUGACGACGGCCUUGGCGGCGAGAGUUCCGACCCGGCUCCACGGCUACACACAUCGAACCCGGCAUCCAUUGUACCCACGGUCGGCGGCGUCGGCCACAACGUGGCGCUGGCCGCACAUGCCAUUGGAAGCCCCCAGGGCGUGCGUGUACGGCUGUGCAGCCUAGUCGGCGAGGAUAUUGCCGGCGCCACUGUGCUUGCAGCCAUGGCGGCCAACGGCCUCGACACGGACGGCGUCCGACAACUCGACGUGGCCACGUACAGCGCCGCGCGCACGGCACACUACGUCGCGAUCAACGGUGCUGACAAGAAUCUGAUGGUGGCCAUGGCCGACAUGGCCAUCUUUUCCAACGAGCAGCACAACUUUUCCACCUACUGGGCAUCGGCCGUCGCCGCCGCGCAGCCCAGCUGGCUCGUGGCCGAUGCCAACUGGAGUGCGUCUGGUCUGCACGGCUGGAUCCGGGCGGCGCGGCAGCAGGGCGGCGUGCAGGUGGCCUUUGAGCCGGUGUCGGUGGCCAAGUCGAGCCGCUUGUUUGAGGUGACGGACGCCGACAAGUCGAACGAUCGUGCCAGCCACGUGUUCCCCCGUCCCCUUGUUGACCUGGCGACCCCCAACCAGUACGAACUGGCCGCCAUGCACGCCGCCGCCCAGCGCCAUGGCUUCGUCCUUGACGACCCGCACUGGUUCCGCGUGAUUGAUGCCUUGGGCCUGGGUGCCGGUGCCCGCGAGCGGUUUGUCCGUCUGACGUCGUUUGCCCUCACCGACGAAGGCGUGCCCCAGCAGGCGGUCCAGCUGCUGCCCUACAUCCCGACGCUUCUCACCAAGCUCGGCAGCCGCGGUGUCUUGUUUGCCAAGCUUCUGCACCGCGACGACCCCCUGCUGCACGACCGCGCCGCCGAGCCGUACCUGUUAGUGCGCGCGCCUCCCUUCGUGCCGGGCCAAGACCACAACGACACUGAGCCGGCUGUCGGGGGCAUCUACAUGCGUCUGUUCCCGGCCGUGGAGGACGUCCCCGUCCACGACGUGGUCUCUGUCAACGGCGUGGGCGACACGUUCCUGGGUGCCCUGGUGGCCGGUCUUGCGCAAGGCGGGCGGGCCGAGCAGCUGGUGGAUGUGGCCCAACAGGCGGCGGUGCUGACGCUGCGGAGCCGCCAGAGCGUGGGUGGCGGGCUUGCGUCGCUGGCCGGCGCGUUGACGGCAGCGGCCAAGACGGCGGUGUAG